CUACAUAUAAACUAAACUGAAGGAUGCUUAUGCCACUCUAUACAAUAUUUCACAUCAUAUCAAUUAUAUACAGCUGCCCAGCUGAAUCCAUCUGUAAUGGUUUCAGCUUUGUCAAUAUUACCACGUAUACAUAAUUCAUAACUAUACGGAUAAGUCUGAUAUAUAACAAGCCAAGCAUUUUGCAGCAGAACUAAACACAUAUAUCAAGAGCUUCUUCGUCCGUAAAAUUUCUGUAACUCACUUAAGAGGUAAGUUAUGUCAGUUGGUGUGAAAUUAUUAUAUACAUAUUUUACCGAUUAUAUAUUAUUUUACAUUAUGAGGUUGAACGUUAUAUAUAUGGAGUAAAAUACCUUGUAGAGAAGAGUUUCUCACUGCGAUGUUGGGUAAUUUUGUACACUUCACUCCAGUGACUCCACUGAAACAAAUUCAACAAUUUGGACAGACAACAAAAUGAAUGGUUGUUUAAUUUAUUAAUGAUAAUGCAAGAUUCCAUCAGUGCGCCCCCACACAAAGCCCCGUUAUCAUUCACAAGACUGGUCGAUCACAAUAAUAUAUAACCGAUUGAUUUCUAAAGCCUGGUUUACACUAUCAAGUUAAAAGUUUCUGUGAUCACAGUAGGAAUUUUGUAUAGGUAAAUUCUACGUUUUGAAGAAUUUGUAAGAAAUGUUUGAGGGACGUACCAGUCUCGCUGUUCAACACUGAGGCGUGAAACUUUGACAGAGUAAAGCAGCCUUACUUCAUAAAAGGCCGCUUAUACAAAUAAUAUAAUGUUGCUUUAUUUCUAGUUAAUUGAUGUAUUUAAUCUUUUAAGGAAUGAAGAGUAUGAAGAGUAUGAAGAUUGCAGUUUUUCUGGUGUUGAUUAUUGCUCAGCAGAGUUACUGCCGUACACGUUGCAGUGGCGAAUAUCAUACAUGCGCAUCAAAAAGCCCAAUUGCAUGUGACUAUGGUAAUGUUAAUGGCGCGUUAUGUUUACGUUUUGUGAAAUAUUUUAUUUUUAAAUUUUAUGUUAUACAUUUUAUUUCGAGACAAGCAUAAGGCAAAUGAUACUAUACAAGGGGAUAGGGCGGUGACGUGAUGGUGGACAAGCCGUGGUGGGUGCAACAUGAUAAACAUUUUAAUUUGGUUCCAGUAAUUCUUCAAUUUAUUAAAGCUUCUUGAAGAAAGGACUUAACUUCAAAUAAAAGAUUCCGAUAUAAAUACCGAACUUAUUUCAUGUUGGAGCCAUAUACAUGACCUAAAAGUAUGAUAAUAUUGUACAAAUUACUAACAUCAUUACCGCAUCAUUUCAAUACUAUUUAUAUAUAUAUACAUGCAGUUCAAUUGCAAAGAAUAUUUUACUGGUUAUGCAUGAAUAUGCAAUAUGAGAAUAUAUUUAGAGAUCAGCCCCCCAAACCGGCAUGAAAGGGGGCUCAUGCAGCCCCCCUGCAUGAUCUUAUAACAAAGGGAGCUGAGCCUCCCUCUUCUACAUGCACUCCUGAGAAAUCUUGGAGUUUAAAAAUUUCAUCAGAGUAAAUUAGAAUCAAGUUCUGCAAAAUUCCGUUUUGAAAAUAUUCCACAUCACGCUUGGAAAACAUCCUCAUUCCGUUGAGCAGGAGACAAAAUUUUCAAUUAUUUCAUAUUUCAUGCCAAAGUGUAAGAUCCAGAAUUUCCAAUAAUUCCAUAUUUCUGCGUCAUCUUCCGAUAUAUAGCCUAUACUAUUAGCUUGAAUGCCUGCUUCGUGCCCAGGCGCUUCGCACAGGCUGUAUAAUGAAAUUAGUUUAAUUAAGUUUAGGACAAUAAUGUAACUGUCGAAAUGUUAGUUUUAAUUACAUUUAUUAUAUAAAGUAUAUAGUGCUUUAUAGAGAUUUCGAGCACUGAUAAAAGUGAUAAUCUCACAUGUGAGAUUAUUUAUGAUAAUCUCACAUGUGAAAAUUAUCGCUUUUCAAUAAUCGCUUUUCUGUAAAAAUUAUCGCUUUUCAAAGACUGUCCUUUAUAUAAUAAACAGAAAAAUACAUGGGUGCUUGGAAAUACCAGAUUUAUUUCUCGUGUUUCGAAAUAAAUCUACUACCCAUGUAUUAUUCUCUAUGUAAUCUAAGAUUUAAGAUGUAAUUAACUCACUUGAUUUGCUGUAUUUCUAGCUUCUCAGAAAUGUUAUGUUAACUGCUUUGCAUGCCGCACUGGAAAUCGCUGUUGUACGGGAUGUGAAUUAUGUUCUCCAGGUUCUGAUGAGAUGAUCCUACUUUCUAAAGCAUAAAGGAACGAGGUUGUUGAAAGCACUCAGGAAAUAUUGUCUAUGAAAACAUUUAUCAAUAAUCAGAUUUUAUCCAAGUGCAUGCACAAUGUCCGAAACUAAGAUUAGUACUUUAGUAUAAUUAAUAUUAAUCUGUUGUGUUGUAUCAAUUAUAAUAAAGCAUCCUGAAAGCAAAUUCAUUUGGUUGUGUUAUUAUUUUUGUACUAUUUAAAACAGCAGUGUUUUAUCAGAUAUAAAGAUACGAGGCGAAGCCGAGUAUCUUUAGAUCUGAUAAAACACGCACUGCGAA